AUGAAGCUCAACAUCUCCAGUAUCAGCGCCGGUCUUGCGAUCUUGGCAUCCAUGCCGGCCCAAGCUGCCACCUAUUGCCCUCCGCGCCCUGCCUCCCCGACGGAACAGCGUCAAAUCUUCCAAGAGUUUUAUCAAAAGCUCUAUGUCGACAUCAACGCCACCCAAGCCAUGCUCGACCACGCGGCAGAGGAUUACAUCCAGCACAACCCGUACGCACUCUCUGGCCGCGACAACUCGAUCCAGGCUCUUUCAUUCGUCACUCCAGAGACAGUCAAGUUCAACGUCACAUUCAGCGGCAUCGAUGGAGACUUGGCGUUCGUGUACUUGCGAAUGGAUGUUGCUGGUACCCCGCGCCCGAACGCAGUGGUCGACUUGUUUCGGUUCAACGGUUCUUGUGUCCAGGAGCACUGGGAUGUGAUGCAGGAGAGACCGGACAACGCGACCAACCCCUUGGACAUGUGGUGA